GACGAUUACCACUACUUCUACUCCUUGAGGGGUGUUCUUGAGGAAUCUAUCUGGGAGUGUUUGUCUUGAAUUGACUGUGGUUUUUGAGCGAAAAAAAUGGAGGAAGAAGGUCGUCCCAGGAAAUUGGUCAAGCUUGAUCACGACGAUUCAGCUCCUACAACUACGAUGGCCGAGCCAGUUCAACCAUCCCCCCACGACUCGGCUGCUCCUGCGGAGGAGCCCCGCGACGAUACCGUGACGUCCGCAACGGAGAAAACUGGCGCCCCCAACAACGACGAAGCGACCGACGAGACCGCCGCCGAUGCCCCCGCCCUAUCGAAGCGCGCCAUGAAGCGCCAGCGCCGCCGCGAGCAAUGGGAAGACGGGCGCGAGCAGCGCAAAGUCAAGCGGAAGGAGCGGAUCCAAGCGCGCAAGGAGCGGCGGCGGGCAGAGUUGGAGGUCGCGAAGCAAGAGGGCCGGGAGGCAGAAUUCCGGCGCGAGCACGAGCGCACGCCCGCACGGUUCCGGAAGGGCACGCUGUUGCCGCUGACGUUGAUCCUUGACUGCGGGUUUGACGAGCUGAUGAUCGAGAAGGAGCGCAUCUCGCUCGGCUCGCAGUUGACCCGGUCGUACUCGGACAACAGCCGCUCGCCGUUCCGGUCGCACCUGGUCGUCUCCUCGUUCAACAAGCUGCUCAAGCAGCGCUUCGAUACCGUGCUGGCUAAGACCUACGAGAACUGGAAGGGCAUCCGGUUCCUCGAGGAGGACUUUGUCCAGGCCGCGGAGAAGGCUAAGGAGUGGAUGGUUGUGCCUGAGGGAGGUCGCUUCGAGGGCGUCUUCGCCGACAAGACGGAUGCGAAGCCUGAGGAUGGCGAGAUCGUCUACUUGAGCAGCGAUAGUCCGCAUACCCUCACCGAGCUGAAGCCGUUCAGUACCUACAUUAUCGGCGGUUUGGUCGACAAGAAUCGCCACAAGGGCAUCUGCUACAAACAGGCCGUGGAGCGGGGCAUCAAGACUGCUAAGCUGCCCAUUGGCGACUACAUCCAGAUGGCUUCGCGCCAGGUGUUGGCUACGAACCAUGUCGUGGAAAUUAUGCUCAAGUGGCUGGAGGUCGGCGAUUGGGGUAAGGCUUUCAUGGAGGUCAUCCCUCAGCGCAAGGGCGGCAUGUUGAGGGAAGCGGCCAGUGAGUCGGGGGAGCAGGAUGCAGAGGCAGAGCAAGGGGAGGAUGGUGACGAAGGGGAGGAAGAGGCUGCAGAGGAAGAGGCUAUUGCGAGUGCGAAUGCUGCUGCGCAAGAGCAGGAACAGGAGGAACCCAAAGAUGCAGCCGAAGGCAACCCAGAAAAGACAUCCCUGCUCCCCCAGCAACAGGAUCUCCCCUCCUCAUCAGCCGAACAAACAACCAGUCGGUGUUGCUGCGACGCCCGGCCAACUGCAGCCAUGUUCAUGCUCCGCAACGUGAGCAAGUACCUCUUUGGAGACACUUCCAAAGAAUCCAUCAUCGAAAUCCCCCAGGGACAACUCUACCUUGUUCGACCUCUAUCACCCAAAGGAUACUCGGAGCUCAUCUUCAAGGACGCCGCUGCCUCCAUCCGACGGACUGGCCAGGACUUCCAAUAUCAGCUAGUCAUCCAACGUGCCUACGAAGAAGGCGAGGAAGAGCUUGCCGAAGACGAAGACGAGCAGGCGAGCGACAGCCUGGACAAGGACGAGAAGGUUUUCCUGCUUGACCAAGCCCUUCACUUUCGUUCCGAAGUCCGUGAAGGCGGCGCGAAGAUCUUGGCCUGGAGAGACCUCAGUGGCGACGUAGGUGAUCUCUUCGAGUUCGUCUGUGACCCAUCCGUAGCAUCGGACAAGGUCUCGACCUUUGAGUUGGCCGCCCUCCAGUGUCAGUACGAGCGGACGUAUCGACGCAGCGCGCAGGGUGUCACUCGUGCGGAGCUGCAAGAAUUCUCGUUUCAGGAGGAGAAACCUAUUCCGUCGGCAAGUCCGAUUUCCUCACCCACGAAAUCUCGUGAUCACUCCCUCGAUUCGCCCGACGCAACAACCGCCAUGGCGAAGGACGUGGUAUAUUCAAAGUCCAAGGGACACAUCAAGCCUGCCGUUUCUGAGAGCGAGUCUACUGUUGCACCACCAUCCGCUGCACAACCCGAGGCUCGUGAAAUUCUCACUCAGGAGAAGGCGGAGCUACACCUCUUCGAUUUUCCCACCGGGACCUUUGUUCAGCAAGAUGCCAACGUUACUGCGACUGUGUCAGAAGUCGGGGAUUGGCAAUACUGGCUUCAGAUCAGCGGAGAGGACAAGGAAUGGCUAGGCCAGGCAGUCGUUGCUGACAUCAACCCCGUCUUCAACUUUGAGUACCUGUCCUUCAUCUUUAACGCCUACAGUCAGGAUGGCUCGGCCUUCUCUUGGCUCCUUCGCUUCCACGAUCAAGAGACGGAGGAGAGAUUUCAAGAGGGUCUCAUGCAGGCACUUUGGGAACAGCUGAAUGAAAUGAAAUGGGCUAAGGUCAAGGAGAAUGAGAAGGAGUAUGUGUUGGAUGCUUUCCAGGAUCUGACCAUGGAGGACUCGGAGGAGCGCGAAGCUGAGGCUGAGGCCGAGGAGGAGGAAGAGUCGGAAGAAGAGGAUCAGGAUGACGGCCAGCGCAGCGAGCACUACGAUUCGGAUGAGGAGGAAGACGAUGUGAUAACCCGUGAUAACGACGGCAAUGUCAACUCCCAAUUGGCCGUCGGUUAUAAGCACGAUCGUUCGUUCGUCGUUCGUGGCUCUAAGAUCGGCGUUUUCAAGCACACCCCCAACAACAACCUCGAGUUCUCAACCAACAUCUCCAAGGUUGAAACCCCCAAGGGCAAGCUUUUCAGCCCAAAGAAGGUCAUGCUACACGCCGAAGAUUCGAACAUGAUUCUACAAAAUAGCGACGACCCCAACUCCCUCUACCGUAUGGACCUGGAGUAUGGUAAGAUUGUGGACGAGUGGAAGGUGCAUGAUGAUAUUCCCGUGCAUACCUUUGCCCCUGAAAGUAAAUUCUCCCAAAUGACUUCCGCUCAAUCUUUCAUCGGUGCUUCGAAGAACGCUCUGUUCCGCGUUGAUCCCCGUGUAGCCGGAAACAAGCUGGUAGAGUCUGAACUGAAGCAGUAUGCCAGCAAGAACGACUUCUCGUCGGUGGCCACUACUGAGAAGGGAUACAUUGCCGUAGCAUCCAACAAGGGUGACAUCCGCAUGUUUGACCGACUCGGUAUCAAUGCCAAGACGCAUAUCCCUGCUUUGGGUGAGCCCAUCAUCGGUCUGGAUGUAUCUGCCGAUGGUCGCUGGGUUUUGGCCACGUGCCGCACCUACCUCUUGCUCAUUGACGCCCUACAGAAGGACGGAAAGAACGAAGGCAAGCUGGGCUUUGAGCGCUCCUUUGCUAAAGACUCAAAACCGCAGCCGCGUCGUUUGGGUCUGCAGCCCGCUCAUGUCGCUCAGUUCCAACAUGAAACCAAGAAACCAAUCGCCUUCACUCAGGCUCGCUUCAACACGGGCGUUGAUGCACACGAGACGUCAAUUGUCACGGCCACCGGUCCCUUCAUCAUCACCUGGAACUUGAAGAAGGUCAUUGCCGGCCGCAAGGAUCCGUACACCAUCAAGCGCUAUGGAGAAGAGGUCAUGGCAGAUAACUUCCGGUUCGGCUCUGAUAAGAACGUUAUUGUGGCUUUGCCCAAUGAGGUUAAUAUGGUGGCCAAGAAGAGUCUGUUGAAGCCUACGCGUGAGAGUAUUGCUGGUCCCUUGCCUAUGACGCCUAGACGCCGUACACAGUGGGGAAGUCGGCUGGGAAGGGAUGACAUUGUCAACUCACCCUACUGAUACGGCUGCUGACUUGGUGGUUUUCUUUUUCGGUUUUUUGCACUGCAUACCCCUCUGUGUUAUUUAUUUUCGAGUCUAUCCCCUUCACACUGUGUGUUGAUCUUCCUGCUUUACAUGACGGGUUGUAAUGUCUCGCUGGGAUCCCUGAUGGUCGCGGAAUUUAUGUAGUGGUAAUCAAAGCAUACGAUUCAUGAGAUG